GUGGGACUUUAAUCUACUUUGGGACAAAAGGAUGAAAAAAAAUCUGGCACCACCUAAAGUAAUUUCCCAUAGGAGGUUAAUGACAAUUUGCCCCAUUAAUGAAAUCAAUAUGAACCCUUGGAUCAGAAUUCUAUGGGAUAUAACGUGAGCCGUCGGAUCAUUAGAAGAAAAGGGAUCAAUAUUUACAAGAAUGUCAUUAAUGAAACUCUCCCUUAAGCCGUCGGAUCUUCUGUCUUUGUUUUAAUCCUGGCCUUCGGAUCUCACAUCCAAACUCUUCUCUCUCGCCUGGGUCCCACAGAUGCAUUAAUCCUUUUUCUUCUUCUUCAUUUCUCCUACAACCAUACUCAACUACCACGGAAAUUCAUUCUCCUCACCAACAAAAGCUUUCUUCUUCAACUUUUCAUCCACAAACCUUCACCUCUGUUUCUUGGGGAUUUUCGACAGGUUAGGACACCGUGAAACAGGUCAUGUACGUCGUCCUUAGUUCUGAAAUCGGUUGAUAAGUUCAUUUUCAGGAACUAUGGAUAGUAAUGGGUCUGUGGUGAUACAUUUUGAACAUGGUGAAGAGCAACAUAUUUCUACACUAGUGAUGAAAGGAAGGUAUGCGGAGAUUACUUAUUCUCAGUUGGUUGAUAGAAUAGCCAAGAAAAUGAAGAUCGAUGUAGUUGAGACGAAGCUUGAGUUGAGUUACUUUCCGCUGGUAUUGAAUAAUAAGAGGCCUUGUUAUAUCUUGGAUGAUGAAGAUGUUUUAGGAUAUUUAAUGAAGGUAGAUAAGAAAAACUGACGUAGUGUCUUGCGUGUGGAGCUUAAGGAAAUCGUCGCAGAAAAUCAGAGCAACGAGAUGUUUUCUAUGAAUGAGGAAAAUCCGAGUGAUGCCAGAGCUAAUGAUGGCAUGGUUGGAGUUGGAGAGUUGGAAAUUGUUCCUCAUAUUCAGGAGAAUGAGUUUGAGCAUGAGAAAAUCAGUGAAUAGGGUGAUGAAAUGGAUGAUAGGGAGGAGUUGCCGGCUGUUACAGCAGUUGAACCUCCUGUUGUCAAUUCAGAGUGGGAUGAUGGCAUUGAUAUUAGUUUUCAUCAAGAAUUUGCGACUAGAGAAGAAGUGAGGGAUUUAUUGGACAAAGGUGUGCAUUCCAAUUGUUUUCAGGUUGAUAUAAAGAAGUUGAAUCCUCGGGUUUACAUAUUGAAAUGUCGUGGGGCUGGAUGCAGAUGGUAUUUACGAGCUGCAAAGCUGAAGAACUCUGAUUUUUUAUCUAUCAGAACGUAUAGAAAGAUGCAUACGUGCUCUCGUGGAGAUGCAAGUGUCAUGAAGAAGAAGAAAAGAGGCACGCCAAGCUUGGUCGCAUCAGUGGUGCACUCUGAUUAUCCUGGCAAAUACAAGACUCCGGAUCCAAAGACUCUCAUAGAUUUGGUGCAGAAUAGACUGGGUGUUAAGGUUUCAUAUUCUACGGCUUUGAGAGAGAAAAAUAAAGUUUUGAGUGAUUUGCGUUGCAACCCGGAGGAGAGUUUUGCUAGGCUGCCAUCUUACUUGCACAUGUUACAAAAGAUGAAUCCUGAUACCAUUACACGAUUAGAAGUGGAUGAAAAGAACCAGUUUAAGUAUAUGUUCUUUGCGCUCGGAGCUUGCAUCGAAGGGUUCAAGGCGAUGAGGCAAGUGAUAAUAAUGGAUGGAACACACCUGAAGGGUGUGUACAAAGGAGUGCUUCUCAUUGCCACUGCUCAGGAUCCAGAUCAUCAUCAUUAUCCCCUUGCUUUUGCGGUAGUAGAUGGUGAGAAAAAUGCAAUCUGGGAGUGGUUUUUAACUAUAUUAAAAACUUUGAUACCAGAUGAUCCUCAGCUUGUAUUUUGUACUGAUAGAAACCAAAGCAUCAUCAAGAAAGUACACGAGGUAUACCCAUUGGCGAUCCAUGGAUAUUGCAAUUAUCACUUGUCUAAUAAUGUCAGCGGAGCUUGCAGCAAUGUUAACAAGAAAGGGGUUGCCAAAAAAUUUAGAGAUAUUGCUGGUAUUUACAGUGAGGUGGAGUUCAGAAAAUGCUACAACGAUUUCAGGAAAAUGUAUCCUCAAGCGGCCGAGUAUCUAGAUGACAGUGUUCAUGAGACAAAAUGGGCAAGAUGUAAAUUUCUGGGAGAAAGGUACAACAUAGACAUAACCAACACUGUUGAAUCUAUCAAUGGUGUUUUGAAGGAACCAAGGAAAUAUGCGUUGUUGCCAAUGCUUGAUGUGAUCGUGGAAAAGAUAACAGAGUGGUUCAACAAAUACCGUAUAUUAUCUCUACGCGUACCAGAGAGGCAGAUACUAAUCCCACAUGUCCAUGGGAUAUUGCAUCACAUAUAUCCUACGGCUAAAAAGCUGAAGGUGACCGAGCUAAAUACAUUUGAAGGUCGCUACAAUGUGCUUGGUGAGGAUGGUCAUGGUUAUUUGGUUGAUUUGAGCAACAAAACAUGCUAUUGUAGGUAUUUUGAUAUUGAUCGGUAUCCUUGUGUGCAUGCACUUGCUGCCAUCAUGGCGCGUUGAAAAAUGGCUGAACAUUAUUGUUCUAGGUAUUACUGGAUGGAGCAGUGGACGUUGGCAUAUUACAGGACAAUAUAUCCAGUGCCUCAUCAUUCAACAUGGGAAAGUUCUAAAAUUCCUGAAGAAAUCCGAUCUCAGGUUGUCUUCCCUCCGUAUGUGGAGGAAAGAAAAGGAAGACUACAAGUUACUAGAUUCUCGUCUGCCGGAGAAUAUCGGAGGAAGAGAAAGAAGAAGUUUCCACCAUUGAUUGGUGAAAACGAAGAAAGUGGCAGUGAUUGCAGUGGCAGUGAUAGCAAUAGCGGUGGUAGUGACAGCAGUGACAGCAGUGGCAGCAAGGGAAAUGGGGACGAGGGAGGUGACAACGAAGGAAAUGAUGAAUGAGUCUUACUUGUUAACUUGUUAUGGAACUUGCUUAUGUGUUGUGGAACAUAUUUAUGUGUUGUAGAAUUUAUUUAUGCGUUGUGUUGUUUCAAUCAGGUAAAACUUCAUAAACAUAACACUCAUAUUUAUGUGUUGUCAUACUGGUACAACUAGUAAAACUAAAAUAGGUUAUACUGGUAUAACUAGUACAACUAUGUCUAGUUUACUAAAAUAGGUUCUACUGGUAUAACUAGUACAACUAUGCAUAUUCUGAAAUUUAAAUAUUCUUUUGGGCUUUCCCUAUUAAUAAAACAAUCAAAUAGUCUAAUUUUUAAGUGUUUGGAUAGGUUUCUUUGUGUUUUGUAUUGGAAUUUUUUUCUUUUUUUUGGAUUUCUAACUCCAUCACAAAAGUUUGCUUGAUCUACCUUAUGCUUUUAAGGUUUGUUUACUUGUUUGUCCACAUAUUUUUUGUAAAACAUAUGUGACAAGUAUUUUAACAAUAGUGAUGCUUUCAUUGUAUCCGGGCAAACAAAUGUAAACAUAAAUAAAUGGUACAACUUAGAUAAUGGUAUUUUUUCUUUGGUACAACUAAUAUUUUCAUGUUUCACUGCCAAAGUACAACUCUGUACAAACUAGUAAAACUGAAUAACUAGUACAACUUUGUGCAAGACAGUAUAACUAAUAAACUAGUACAACUUUGUAGAAACCAGUAUAACUAAAUAACUAAUACAACUUUGUGUGCAUAAUGUGUUUCAGAUAAGUGGAUUCCCAGAUAAGUCCUACAUGUUUUAAUUCAACACUAGUUGUACUAGUUUUUCUAGUUGUACUAAUUUUAUAUUUUUGGGCAUAGUUGAUGCAUUUUUACUUGUUCUAGUUUCCCACCUGUAAAUGCAACAUAUUCAACCACCAAAUCAAUUACACACAUACAAGUUUGGAUUUAGGUUUUAAAACACACACAUACAAGUUUUAGGUUUUAAAACACACACAUACAAGUUUGGAUUUAGGUUUUAAAACAAACACAUACAGGUUCCAAAAACAACAACAUAGUUUAGCACUUCCCCAAAUCAGUUUGGCGUAAAAGGAGACAUCAAUAAAUGAGAACGCUUGGACACCCUCUUUGGCAUCUCAUCAACUCCAACCGAAGCUGCCUCCUCUAAAGCAUCAUCAACUCAAACCGAAGCUGUCUCCUCUAAAGAAACAUCAACUCCAACCUCACCUUCCUUCUCCAAAGCAUCAUCAUCAUCUACAACCUCAUUUGUCUUGUCCGCAGCAGCUUUUUCCGCAGGAGCCUUCUCAAAUCUCUCUGCAGUGUCUGCCAUAAUUUGAAGUGUAGAUUGCUCAUCUCCAUCAUCAUCAAAUCUCUCUUCAGUAUCUACAUUGGACAAAAAUAUAUCCUGACUUAGAUCAUCAUCAUUUAAAAUAUAAUUUGAACUUAUAUGUUAUCAUGAAUUACCUUGCAUCAACUUCUCAGCCUCUGCCUCGAUCUGUUUCUCACCAUCUUUAUCAGCUCCAAGUCUUCAUAAAUCCCUUCAUCCAUUAUUUCAUACAAAAGGUCUGCUUCAUAUCCUUGUGGUUCCAAAAUACUGAUAAUCUCCUGAAAUAUGACCAACAACAAAUUACACAUUUAAUUAACUAUGAACUUGAAGAAAAUGACAUAAACAACACUUAAAAAAUUAUAAGCUUUUACCUUUGUGUUUCCUAACAUCCGAUAAAUCAUGUCAAGUAGAAAUCAUGUUGUUUCGGUCCUCUUGAACUUCCAUUUGCACAUUCUUGGACAACCAUCAGGACAGUUUGGAACAGGCUCUAUGAAUCUAUUUCUAAGGACACGGAUACAUUCAAAUGCUAAUAUCUGCACAUCAUUUCACACAAUCACAUUAGUUAUAUUAUAACAAAUAUGCUUAUGAAAAAUACAAUUCAUAUACCUCCAAAGGGUUGAUAAACCCAGGAAAUACCCACUGUGCCUUCUCUGGGAUCCCAUCACGAAACUGAUCCCUCACAUGAAAAAUCUCCUUCAUGCAAUCAUCAAAUGUGUAACGGCCCCAUGGAAAUUCGGUGCAAAACUCCAGAUCUUCUGCUGCUAGGAGAAUGAAAUACUCAAUGAAGUAUCCUCCUUUUGACCUUCCUCUUAAAACUCUAGCCAAAAAGUAAAGAACCGCCAUCCUCAGACGAUCGCCACUACCAUCAAACUUCAUCUUCUGAAGUUUCUCUAAGACAUCCGCUUCUGUCACUUGCAGACCCUUUUCCUUCCCAUCCUUUGUCUUCUUUACCUUAAAAUACUUUCUCGCAAACUUCAUGCUCGCUAUGCUCGGAUAGUUUUCUGGAUAUGAGUGGCAGUAUAAACCAGAGAGGAGACUAUGUUCCCUGAUGGAGUAUCUAAUUGGAACACCGUUUACCCCAAACCAAGCUUGUCGACCAUUUCCUGUAUGCAUAGUACGAAGUAGCAACAUCCACAAUCCCAUCACUUUUCUUGUUGGGGUACAAUCCAUGUGGAAUAUAUGCUUGAACUGAGGAUGAUCCUGAAACCAACUCUUCUCUGAGGCCUCUAACUUUUUAAUCGUCUUCAGAAAAUCGUGUUGAUGGCACCUUGAGGAGAGCUUGCAACCCUUUCCAUAGUCGCUCGGUUUGAAGAAAAAACCAGCAGGUCUGGCAGCUUCUACGGUCAUAUCAUCCCUCUCAACCUGAAAAACACAAACAAAAUACACUGAAUAAAUAACUGAGUUAUACAGCACAAAAUCACUUAGUUGUACCAGUUACACUAAUUAAAUGAAAAAUAAUAUUACUAGUUCUACCAGCAACCCUAGUUAUACAACGACAACACCAUCUCAUUAAAUAGUUAUACAAAAUACUUCUCUAGUUAUACCAGUAAGACUACGUAUAAGAAGCGUAGUUGUACCAGUUAUAUUACUUAUAAAAAAAGUGGUUUUACUAGUUAUCUUGAAUCUGUUUACAACAUAUUAUUACCUGUUGAACUAGUUUCAUUCUUUUAGUUGUACUAGUGAUUCAAUACUAAGUUGUAUUAGUUAGACUAAUUAUACUUUUCAUAGUUAUACCAGUUAUAUUAGUUAUAAGAAGUGUGGUUGUACUAGUUAUACUAGUUCCAUUGAUUCUGUUUUACGACAUAUUAUUACCAGUUGAACUAGUUUCAUUCUUUUAGUUGUACUAGUUAUUCAAUAAUCAUGUGUAUUAGUUAAACUAAUUAUACUUUUGAUAGUUGUGCGAGUUAUAUUAUUUAUAAGAAGUGUGGUUGUACUAGUUAUACUAGUUCCAUUGAUUCUGUUUACAACAUAUUAUUACCAGUUGAACUAGUUUUAUUCUUUUAGUUGUACUAGUUACACUACUUAUAUAAUUACUACAUAUUUCUUAGUUCAAUGCUAUCAUAAAUAAUUCUAAAACCAUUUUAAAUUGACUUGUUUACCGUUCUUGGAGCGUCAUUAUCAACGACAACCUCGGGUGCGUUUGAAUCUCUGUUGUUAGAUCCAAUCUCCUCACCGUUCUGCUUGUCUACACGAUGUGAAGGACUCUUUGUGGAAGAGCCUGAGGUUACUCGAGGUUGUUGUUGAUUCUCGGCCUCACUCGCUGCAUGAGUUGGUGUUGGCGAUUUUUGUGGCUGACUCGGAAUCACUGGGUGUGGUGUACCCUCGCUAUCGCCCUGAGAAGGCAAUUAUGCUGCUGGUAUGGGGUCAUGAACGCCUUGAUGUUCCGGUGGAGAUGCUGCGGUUUCUCUCACACGGUUCCGAGUCCUCUUGGAUGGAUUCGACGAGGACCCACCGUCCAGACCACUGUCUCGCUUCCUCUUCUUCUCUGGGGUUUCACUCCUCUUCGCCGCUUUUCUCUUUUUCUUAAUGGCGGCUCUCCUUUUCGCUGCCGCUCCUUUUCUUCUUUUCACGUUGGCGUUCUUCUUCUUCUCCGACGCUUCCGCUUUUUCUUUCAUCUUGGCGACCCGAGUUUUUGGCGACAUUGCACACACGAAAUUGGAUACGAAAUUGGAGAUGGGGAUUGUUGUUUAGAGAUGAUUGUGCUUGAAUCUAAGUUUGAUUAGAGAUGGGAGUUUAAAAUCGUGGUGGUUAUGGGAGAGAGAGUUUGAAAUCGUGAGUGGGGAAAGAUGAAAUUGGGAAUAUAGGGUUUUCAAGUUGGGUCGGGUCGGGUUAAUGGGUUUCGGUGAUUGGGUUUGUAAAUAAGAUGAAGUUUCUUGGUUACUUAGUCUUUUUCCCCUAUUUUCGAUUUUUUUUUUAAUUUUUAAACAAAAAUACACAUGGGUCCAUAAUAGAUUUUUUUGAACCCUUUUGUCUCUUCCCAACAUUUGAUCCAAAUAGGUGGUCGAAGGAAUAUGAGAUUAACCAUAAUUCUUCGAGGGGUUAACGACAGUGGAUCAUUGGAUCCAACCUAUCAUCUUGUGGGCUUGUGAAUAUAUUGAAAACCCUAACUCCAUUAUGAUGGGUCUUAUUUCACCACUAAAAUCACAUUGGCUCGUUAUAGCUCACUUGAACUAAAUCACAUGGAGGUGAGAAUGGUAUAAAUCGAUUACCUGAAUAUAAAAUCUUAUAAGUUAAGGGACCAAAAUUUAAACUGAGACUUGGCGGGUUGAGCCGACCCUUGCAAUAGUGCAACGCAUAGACGACUCGUGAAAGACCAGAUAGCAAGCUAUCUUAAUGGGCUUUCUCCUUUAAAAAAUAGAGUUAAUAUCGUGUGACCCGAUGGAUCACAUAUCAGAUAUUAAACUGAUAAGAACAGAUACUACACUUGAUCUUAGCCAAAAGGCCGAGAAAGGUAUGAGUUGCCAAGUCUCCGUGCCUCUUCUUUUAUACUACUCCUCAUGCCUCACAUGCUUGUUUCUUUAGCGAUGUGGGACUUUUAGAGAUUUAAGACAAAACUUAACACUCUAUCUACAUUAGCGGGU